AUGGACGCUUACGAUGUCUUCAUAGAGCCGUCGGUGGUUUCUCAUUGUCUUGGAUGCAACCUUAUCUCUUCAUCCGUCAAACAUUUGGUCACCGCCAAGUCGACGCUUUUGGAGGUAUUUGAGGUGGUCAAAAUUCCUCUGUCUACCGCCAACAAUUCCUUGCAAUCUCGUCUUAAAUUAGUGGGACUGUUUAAACUACAAGGCGAAGUCACUGACCUCAAGCCAAUCAGAACGGUGGAGAAUCCUCAAUUGGACUAUUUGUUGGUUUCCACGAAAAAUGCAAAAGUGUCUUGUGUCCGAUGGGAUCCUUUCAGAAACUCAAUUCAAACAGUUUCCUUGCAUUACUACGAACAUACCCUUCAGAAUUUGACAUAUGAGAACCUUAGUGAGUCUAAACUUGUGGUUGGACCAAAGUCCUCGCUGGUCUUCUGCUUACGUUCUAACAAUCUACUUGUUUUUUUACCCUUUAACAAAUUAGCUGAGGAUGACGAUGACGAUGUCGAUGAAGAAGCCACUGAGACUGUCGGAAAAUCAAACGGAAAGGAUGUGAAGAUGGAAGAUGCUGACAACGAAGUAGCAGGCAACGCAAAUGGAGAUAGUGUAGAUAAGUCUGAACAGUCUAAGGAUCAGAAUGGGGGAGUUUCAAGCUCCUCCAAUGCUUCACUUUUCGAGUCCAGCUACAUCGUCGAAGCUUCUGACUUGGACGAAAAUAUCGGCGAUAUUGUGGACUUGCAGUUCUUGUACAGAUACAGACAGCCAACUGUGGCUAUAAUAUCUCAAAGGAGAGAGACCUGGGCCGGUCUUCUUCCAAAGACGAAGGAUAAUGUCAUUUUUACCGUCUUGUCGCUUGACAUACACACCAGAUCUGCGACUGUGGUGUUGAAGGUGGAAAACUUGCCUUACGAUCUCGAUAGGAUCAUCCCCCUCCCAUCGCCUUUGAAUGGAAGUUUGUUGGUGGGAUGUAACGAGCUUAUUCAUGUGGAUAGCGGAGGAAUUACGAGAAGAAUUGCAUUGAACAAAUACACUGUUGAUAUCACCACAUCUAUCAAAUCUUAUGUCGACCAAUCGCUGAAAGACUUGAAGCUUGAGGGAUGUUCCAUUGCUCCACUUCCAAAUGAUAACAAAUUAUUGAUGAUAUUGCGAACUGGAGAUUUGUACUAUGUGAGAUUUGAAGUCGAUGGUAAGACCAUCAAGCGAAUGGUUGUAGAAGAUGUUGACAAGGAGAAACGCAAGGAUAUUAACGUGGUCCGACCAGGCGAGAUUACUACAUUGGAUACUAAUUUGAUCUUUGUUGCCUCGAAGGGCUCUAAUUCGCUACUUUUAGAACUCAACUACGCCGAAGAAACUGCACCUAAAGUGAAAGAGGAAGAAUCCAUUGCCGAAGAUGAGGAUGACUUCUACGCAGAAGACGAGAAAGUCAAAGACGAGACUCUAAGAUAUGGUCCCCUCACCUUCAUCAAGCAAGACGAACUCGCCAAUAACGGCCCAAUCUCGUCCUUCACUUUUGGCCAGUACUCCAAAGAGAAGUUUAUUGCAAACUUGCCCAAUCCUUCAAGUCAAGAGGUCUCUAUUUUCGCAACUGGUGGAAUUGACAGCGCAGGUCAUAUUAAUGUUUUUACGCCCACAGUUCAACCUGUCAUCAAGUCUUCUCUUCGAUUCUCCGAGAUUAAUCGCUUGUGGGCGCUCAACAAUAAGUACUUGAUCACAUCAGACGACACAAAUCAAAAAUCGGAAAUUUUUGCAAUUGAUCAGGGCUACUCUAGAUUGCCAGCAAAAAGCUUCAUCAACAAUGAGUUGACCAUUGCCAUGCAUGAGUUGAAUAACGGAAAAUUUAUUGUUCAGGUGACACCAAAGCAUAUUGUUCUAUUCAACGAUAAGUUCAAAAAGAUCACUUCACUUGAUGAAGAGUUGAAGGAAUACAGUGAUGCUGACAUCAUCAACAGUGUCUUUAAUGACGAAUUUCUCAUGAUCUUUUUCUCGACAGGUGAAGUGGUCAUUUACAGUAUUAACACUUACAACAAAACUUUCUCUAAGAUUGAGCUUCCAAAAUUGCUAUCCGAGACGAUCCUCACAACGGGCUACAUCACUAAUUCGAGGCUUCUAAACGUCGUGAGUAAUGAUGUUUCGGUGCUUGUCAAUAGAGGUCACAAAAGAAAAAGAGAUACUGAUGUUCAUUAUCCUAUGAAGUCAGACAACGCAGAGUUCCAAAAUAAUCCGAAACUGAAAACAUUUGUUUUAGUGACUGGUGACAACAGAAUCAUCGUAUUCAACAGAUUCCACAACGAAAAGUGCUUCCAAUUGAAUUCUGUUGAUAAGUUUACAGACACCUUAUCAUUAGGCUUUUUCGAUAUUAACGGUGAAGAUCCAGAUCCUCAUAUUAAACAAGUCAUGUUGAAUGAUUUGGGUGAUGAGUACUCUAAGGAUGAAUAUUUGACCAUUUUGACAGUGGGUGGAGAAAUAUUUUCGUACCAAUUAUUUUUUGAUGGGGAAAACUACAGUUUCGUCAAGCAGACCUCACUACCUAUCACUGGCGCACCUUUCAACGCGUAUGCGCAUGGAACUUCAAUUGAAAGAAGAUUGAUCUACUUUCCCACUAUAAGUGGUCUAACCUGUAUUUUGGUGACUGGAGUGGUUCCAUAUUUAAUCACCAGGUCAAGAUACUCCACUGUUAAGAUUUUCAAGUUCUCCAAGAUACCUAUAGUUUCAUUUGUUCCAUUUUCAGAUGAUAAGAUCCACAAUGGGCUUAUCUAUCUUGACACUCAAAAGAAUGCAAGAAUCGUCGAACUUCCUUCAGAAUUCCGAUACGAUUUUAACUUGCCACUCCGCAAGAUUCAUAUUGGUGCUACCGUCAAAUCAGUAGCUUAUCAUGAAGGCUCUGAUACUUUUGUGUUGUCUACAUACAAGGAGAUUCCAUACAAGUGCAUUGAUGAAGAAGGAAACCCAAUUGUGGGAAUUAAACCUGAUAAACCCACGGCAAUCUCUUACCAAGGUCUGAUCAAAUUAUUGUCACCAAUCAACUGGUCUGUAAUUGAUCAAAUCGAGUUGGCUGAGAAUGAGGUUGGAUUGCAUGUUAAAUCAGUGCCUCUUGAUGUUGGAAGCGAAACUAAAAGAUUCAAGAAUAAGAAGGAGUUCAUUUUGGUGGGCACAGGAAAGUAUAGAAUUGAAGAUUUGGCCAGUAAUGGAUCAUAUAUACUUCUAGAGAUCAUUGAUAUUGUCCCUGAACGUGGAAGACCAGAAACCAACCACAAGUUCAAGGAAUUUACAAAAGAAGACACCAAGGGAGCUGUUACGUCCAUUUGCGAUGUCAGUGGACGAUUCUUGGUUGCUCAAGGUCAAAAGAUUAUAGUUCGUGAUAUCAAAGACAACAGUGCCGUUCCCGUUGCAUUCCUUGAUACCUCAGUGUAUGUCAGUGAAGCCAAAAGUUUUGGUAACUUGGUGAUUCUUGGAGAUACAUUGAAAAGUGUAUGGUUAGCUGGAUUUGAUGCCGAACCAUUCCGUAUGAUCAUGUUGGGUAAAGACUCACACAAUUUCGAUGCGUCUGCAGCUGAUUUCUUGAUCAAAGAUGAAGAAAUCUACAUCGUUGUCGCAGAUAACGAUAAGGCUAUCCAUGUUCUUCAUUACAAUCCUGAGGAUCCACACUCGGCUAAUGGACAAAAACUUUUACACAAGUCAACCUUCAACACGAAUUAUUCUACCACUUGCAUGAAAUCGAUCCCCAAGAACGAGCAGCUUCACCCAACAACGGAUAACAGCAAUGUUCCUUUUCAGACCAUUGGCUCCUCUGUUGAAGGUGCAAUGUAUGUGGUGUGUCCUGUGAAUGAGAACACCUACAGAAGAAUGUAUAUUUUGCAGCAGCAACUCUCAGACAAAGAGUUCCACCACUGUGGAUUGAAUCCUAGACUUAACCGAAUUGGAAUUCAAGCAAGUAAAGAUGGUAACUUGCGGCCAGUUCUUGAUAUUGAACUUUUGCGCAGAUUUGCAAAGUUGAACGAAGACCGGAAGCGCACCUUAAGUCAAAAGGUUGGAAUGCAAAACGUCCAGGUGGAUCUCUGGAAGGACCUUAUUGAGUUCGAAAAUCUCUUGAAUAAUUUGUGA